AAGAGCAAACUAACAAAACCAAAAUACGAAACAGGGAACUCCAAAAAGCAUGGCUUGCUUAUCCUGCAGUUCUAUUCAUAUUUCCAUUUCCAUGCCCAAAGCUUUUGCUCUUCCCUUUGCCUCUCUUACCAACAAUCCCUCUCGUCCCCAAGAAAUGAAAACAAAUCCUAAACCCAAAACUAGAACACGUCCAAGAAGAAGGAGACAAGGUUUGCACCAACAAAAGCCGCAGCCUCCUUCCAUCAUCCAAAUUGAACGUGCCAUUGGUGCAGGCUCCUUCCGUGACGCUGACUCCAGUGAUUUGGAGCAAAGGAGGAAGACGAUAUUUGAUGGGCUUUUGCCUAUUACUAGUGGUAAAUUUGAAGGAGCAAUUGAGAAGAAGCUCCGCGAGACUGGAGAGUGGAUUGGUAGCAGUACUGAAGCAACCUUUCGUUCCUCUGGAAAGAGAAUUCUGUUGGUUGUUCUCCAAUGGAUCUUACCAAUUUGGACCUUUUCUCUCCUAGUGGCUUCCGGAGUCAUAAAGCUACCAUUCAGCACACCUCUGAUUGACGACCUGAUCAUGUGAAACUAGAUUCAAUACUAGCCUCCCAAAUAUUUUUCUUCUGAUUUGUGUACCUGGUAAGUGGCUGUGUUUCCUUCCAGCUUAAAGCCAGUUGUAGACCUUGAGUUUUAUAACGACUCCCCAGGUAAAGACAUUAGUUUCAGUUGCCAUAAAUACAUCUAGAUGUGAUAUGAUUAUGUAUUUCUGAAUUUUGAUAAUUGCUAAAAAACGGACAUUUUUGCUGCAUGAUCUUUUGGUAGCAUUUGCCUUAUACUAUAUUUUUCUUGAUUAAUUUGUAGUUGAUUUCUUGUUAUAAUGUAAUCAAGACUUGCCC